ACCAGCAAAUGCCAACUAGAAAUGAACUUCAACUCCCUUCCCUUUCUCUUAAAACCCCUCACCGUCCUCGUCCUCACGUUGACCGUCACCUGUCUCCUCACCGCCGUCAUCCAUCGCCAGCCCUCUCAGCGAUCUCCUUUCUCUCAAAGCCCAAUGGCGGCCCGAAGCUUCGUUCUCUGGCUUCAUGGGCUUGGCGAUUCUGGGCCCGCGAACGAACCCAUCAGGACUCUCUUCACCUCGCCUGAGUUCAGAGUUACCAAGUGGCUGUUCCCUUCGGCGCCUCGUUCGCCUGUUUCUUGCAAUUAUGGUGCGGUGAUGCCAUCAUGGUUUGACGUUCGUGAGAUUCCUAUAACUGCUGUAUUGCCAAAUGAUGAAAAGGGAGUUCUUGAAGCUGUUCAAAAUGUGCAUGCUGUCAUUGACAAGGAGGUAGCUGCUGGCAUAAGUCCUGAAAAUAUAUUUGUCUGCGGAUUUAGCCAAGGAGGUGCCUUGACCUUAGCAAGUGUAUUGCUCUAUCCUAAAACCUUGGGUGGUGGUGCAGUUUUUAGUGGAUGGGUUCCUUUUAAUUCAUCAAUCAUAGAUCGCAUUUCUCCUGAAGCCAGAAAGACCCCGAUUUUGUGGUCUCAUGGAAUGGCUGACAGGAUGGUAUUGUUUGAGGCUGGUCAAGCUGGUCCCCCGUUUCUUGAGCGGGCUGGCAUGAAAUGCGAAUUUAAGGCUUAUCCCAACCUCGCCCAUUCGAUAAGUAAUGAAGAACUGAAAUCACUGGAGUCUUGGAUUAAAGCUCGUCUGAACUCUUCUUCUUCUUCUUCUUCUUCUUCUUCUUCAUGAAGAUCGCAUUUUAUGUGGUUGUUUCGGCUUAUCCUAAUCCAUCUCGUGUUUAUUACCGAUUUGCUAUAUUUAGAGAAUAUUGCCUGGAAAAUGCUGGGAAAAAAUGAUGUAUUCUAAUUUAUUUCAGAUAAUUGAGCUGUUAGCUGCUGAAAUGUAGCUUUCAAUUGGAUAUACCCUCAAGUUCUCAUUGGUGGGAAACUCUACUCAAAUUCUAAUAUAUAAUUCGUAUCAAUUUUGUUUUCAGAUUUA